AAGUCGGAAGAGGAGUAUGUUUGAAGAUCCUGAUAAUAAUUUCAUCGGAGAUUUAGGUUACCAAUCGGAAGACUCACAACUCAAGGCUUGUAAGGAAGGUGGCAUUGUUCGAAGUGGUCGUACUUAUUACACAUUUGACAAAAUGAUACAACAGAUAGAUGUUAAAAGUGAUGUGAUAGAAAAAAAAGUUCCUGUCGACAUCAGAAUAAACAAAAUUUCCUGUACUCAAAACUCUACAGAUGCAUACGAUAACAAUAUGUAUGUUUGUUACGGGGACAAUGCAACGAUACCAAAAUCUGAGGUUUGUAACUAUGAUGUAGAUGCAGCCGGUUAUAUGACUGGAUGUAGGUCAGGAAUUCAUCUGCAAGACUGCAAGGAUUUCGUUUGUCCUCAAAAUACAGUUAAAUGUCCAGAUAGUUUUUGCAUUGCUCUCCGAUUUGUGUGUGACGGGAUUGCCCAGUGUCCUGGUGGACAGGACGAACACAAUUGCUCAUGUGUUAGUGGGGACAAAGAAGUUACCAUUUUGAUAGAGGAUACAAAACAACAGACACACAGUAAAAAAGCCGCAACAUUUUUAGCAAAACAAUUCAAGCAUGGGAACAACAAAGUUAGGUUACUUUUCUACCAGGCGGAGACAAGAUUAGACGGCUUUCCUCUUUUACAUCGGCUGUUAGAAAUACGUGAAGAAAACAUUGAUAGCUUCGACGAAUUAAGUUACGAUUGCACAUAUAAGACUAUGGCUAGAAAUUUUCUACCAUCUUUACAGUUUAAAAACGAUGAAGCCAAUUUUCUUAUUUUUAUUGAAGAUAGUGUGGAGUCAUCUACAGUUGCUAGGAUUAUGUUUUCUAAUAUAUCUAAACCAGAAUUUACCAUCUAUCGUGUUAUCAGAAAUUUCAGCUUUUUGACCAACAUUAAUCAUACGUACGAAUUUGUAAAGGAUGUACGCAUCAAUAAAUGGAGUUCACUACAUUCGAUAGGAUACAGGCAUUUCCCAGAAAUAUGCAAAGAGGUUUCACAUGUACCAUGUGCUGGUGGUUUUAGGUGCUACUCCAGUAAGCAAUGUAUACCUCUUCACCAAGUGUGUGACGGCAUAGUUCAUUGUAUGAAUAAUGAUGACGAGCAUAUGUGUGGUUUUAGAUGUCAUUACAAAUGCAAGUGUGUAGACGGCGUUGUUGAUUGCCGAAAAGCAAAGAUGAAUAUUUCAGAUAUACGUGAUCUGUCAAGGAAUACACGAAGCGCCGACUUGAGCUAUAACCAUGGAAUUAAAGAUAUUUUAUCAAAAGAAAACAUUAACUUUCCUUUCAUGAUGUUCCUUGAUGUGUCAAACUGUCGUAUAGAAGUUGUAAGCAGUAAGGCAUUUUCAGACAUAAACAAUUUAUUGAAACUCAACAUUAGUCACAAUGUAAUAAAGAAACUUUCCGACAACGUAUUUAGAGAUCUUCGUCACCUAGUCGAGCUAGAUCUUGAUGGAAGUUCAGAAUUAGAAGAAAUAUCUGCUUUAGCAUUUCAAGGUUUACAAAGUAUUAAAACAAUAAGAAUAUCGGGAACAAAAUUGAAGAAAAUCGCAACCUUAACAUUCUCAAAUUUGAAAUUGGAAAGUAUUGAUAUAUCAAAUAAUGAAAUUCGUGAAAUCGAAAAUUUUGCUUUUAAUAAUACGUCGGUUAAAAAAAUCAACUUCGAAGGUAACAAUAUACUAGAAUUCCAUCAGCUCAUUUUUUCGGAUGUUGCUGCUUUGAUUGAAUUACGUACACCGGCGUAUAAAUUUUGUUGUAUACGUCCGUGUUAUGUUAAAGAAAGUAACUGUUACCCGUCAAAGAAUGAGUUUUCAUCUUGUGAUGACUUAAUGAGACAUCCAAUUCUGCAGGCAGUUUUAUGGCUGGUCGGAAUAGCUUCAUUAUUCGGAAAUCUUGCAUCAAUUGUCUACCGCGUUGUUUAUGACAGACAACGACUUAAGAUUGGUUAUGGAAUAUUUGUUACACAUUUGGCGUCUGCGGAUUUCCUUAUGGGAAUAUAUCUGAUUGUAAUAGCAUUUAUCGAUUCUAUUUAUAGAGGCAGGUAUAUUUACAUGGACGACCAAUGGCGAAACAGUAUAUGGUGUACCGUUACCGGAUUUUUGUCAACUGUAUCUUCUGAAGCAAGCGUCUUCUUUUUAUGCCUUAUAACAAUUGAUAGACUUCUUGUUAUCAAAUAUCCUUUUGGACACGUAAGGUUUACACCAAAGAGAGCUAAUAUUUGCUGUUUCAUUUGCUGGGUCAUUGCAAUAUCUCUCGCGGCUAUUCCUAUUUUUCACACAAGCUAUUUCAAGAACAAGUUCUACUCCAGAUCUGGAGUAUGCAUUGCACUACCAUUGUCACGUGAUAAACCUCCGGGUUGGAUGUAUUCCGUUUCAAUAUUUGUCGGCUUAAAUUUCGGUACCUUUAUCCUUGUUGCAUUUGGUCAGUUGUCAAUCUUCUUGGAACUUCGGAAAUCUAGCAUGGGUGGCAAGAAAACACAAAAAUCUAGAAAAAGAGACCUGCAAGUAGCAAAGAACCUUAUUCUUGUUGCAACAACCGAUUUUCUUUGCUGGUUUCCAAUUGGAUUAAUGGGAAUACUUUCAUUGAAUGGAUACCCAAUUUCUGGAGAUGUAUACGCAUUUACUGCAGUGUUUAUACUUCCUUUUAACUCGGCAUUGAAUCCUUUUCUGUACACACUUUCAGCAAUAAUUGGGAAAAAAAGCUUCAAUCCAAGUCUAGAUGAACAGAGUAGAACAGAAAUGCAGAAAGAGAUAGGUUCGGCUAUCUUGCAGUACACAGAUUUUAGCCGAUCGGUUAGAACUAAACGAGAAAUUGUGCCAGGUGGGAAGACGAGAAGAAUCAAGGAUGUUAUUGAUGAUGAAGAAAACAUGUCUGUAGCAAGUGUUACUGCGAUAUCCUAUCAACUUGCUAACUAUCUGAGACUUCUACAUGAAUCAUCUGUUGGUAUUGAGAAACUUUCAGAAACUAACACUUUCGUCCGAUAUGGAAAGAAAAAUGCAAAAAAACCAAUCAUAGUCCUUGAUACGAAAAUGACACUUGUAACAGACGACCGAAAGAAAGCUGAUAAUAUCUACCAAUAUGGAUGUCUUUUACGAAAGAUGAUUGCAAGAUGUAAGGCAAACGACAGAUAAAUCCCGAACGAGAGAAAACUGCACAACUUAUAAGCAUUGUCUAAUUUAAAAGCAUUGUCUCUAAGAAUAUGUUUAGAUUAGGUCAAAUAGUAUUCUGUAUGAAGAAUAAAAGUAUACGCCAUUUUGACGAUGAAAGAAGGAAUUUGCUUCUCAACUUAUACAAAUGAUGUAAACAUUACAAGUGCGAGAUGUUAUUGUAUUUGGAGUAGUGAACGUCAAUUUACAAAAAAAAAAACUAGUUGUUUUGAAUUUAUUGUUAGAAAUCUAGUAUAAAUGUUGUUGUUUAAAUGUUAAAGUUGUGUUAAACAUGGUUGAUGUUGUUAACAAAGAAAUCAUUACCAGAUAUUGAUGUCACUGGCAUUUAACCAUCACAAUAGCUUACAAGGAAACCUACGAGAUAUAAUUAAUUUUAUCUCUUAAGUGAUCUUUGGUGUCUGAAAUAGUAUUCAUACGUUUGGUUUAUUAGAAAAUCUGUCCGCCUAAAAAUUGAUUAAAUUAUUUCAAAUAUUAGUAUUUUCAUUAUCCUUUAAAUGAAUAUUGGUAGGAUUUAUAUCUUCUAUGUAUAUAUCUGAUGUGUUAUUUAUUUGAUGAUUAUAUUUAAAUUUAAAGGAAUACUUACAUGACAUUUUGGUUAUUGUACUGAUUAUUAUUGUUGAUAGAUUCAGGUAUCGUGACCUUUUCAUAUUGUGUCAUGACAGCUUAUAUAUUAAGGAACACUUAUGCAAAAAAACAAAACAAAACCGUUCUCUGUAAUUUUAAUGCAAAACGUUUUCAUAACAACACAUUUGCUCUAAAUGACCUGCUAAAUGCAAAGGUAGUAAUGUGCUAAAUACAAAAUUACAAAGUGUUGGUGUUAAAGUAUAGACAUACACAACAUAUGAAUAAUGCUAAAUAUACGUUAUGCGUUUGAAUUAAAAAGAAAAUAAGGUAUUUUGAAAUAAUUGCUAUUACCGAUUAAUACUGUUGUUUAAGCUGUUUUGCCGUGAUGGACGUUGAUAGUUCCUUUAUUUGUAAACUCGUAUCUGCUUUUUUGAUAUCAUAAAGGUUUUUCAACAUCUUUGGGAGUACUAACAACGGAUGUUCCAUGUUUGCUAUUGUUAACAAAAUAAGCAUUCAAGGAUUGCUGUCACUGACGUUUAACUCUGAUUAUAGCUAUCAAACUGACCAAUUAAAUAUAGCUUAAAUGUUUCAAUAAAUUUGUAUAUUGUUUUUUUUUGAAGAUAAAUUUACCUAAAAAAUUUUAUAUUUAUUUUGUGUGGUAAUUAAAUGUAUUAGUUAUAUAUCAUUUGUAUAUAAAUUUUGAAGAAAAAAAAAAUUGAUGACAUUUCGAUGUUAUUGUUUAGCUGUUUUGUUGUGAUGAACGUUGUUAUCAUAUGAUUCGUAUAUUAAUUGAUUUACAAUAUCUAUAAGGAGUUUUUUUAAUAACUGAUUUGCAGUGUAUCUGUUGUAACCUAAAAAUUGGUGGCAAUCACCUUCCGUUCCGACAACAGCUUUAAGGAUCAAGUAUCAUCCAACGGAACUCGCUUGUUUAAAAGUACGGUUAUCUGUGAUAUCUAUCCGCAUAUAAAGAAGCUUAUAUAUUGUAGUAAAUAUGUAUAUUUGUUUAUCUUUUAAUGUAAAUUUGCAUUAUAGUUUUUAUGUAAUUUGUCUUUGUGUGUCAUCUGUUUAUCAUUGAAAUUUUGUUUGAAAGAAAUCUUUUGACGACAUUUAUUUUUCCUAAAUAAUUAACGUAACGUGGUUAUUUUAUUAUGUGUUGUUACAGCUUAUGAACAUGUAUGCACAAAUACAAAAGGUUAUUUCCGUCUUGAAAAUGUUGUCAACAAUAUUUGCUUAAAAUGAUUGUUUAUGUGAAAUAACGUUCUGUUCAUUUGUAUAACUUUUCUUAAUUAUUACUUAGUAUAUUAUCAUAUUGUUGCUGUUAUAUAUUACUAUUAUAGUUAUAGAUGUUAUUGUAUACUUAUGUUGUUUUGUGGUCGGUGUUUCAUUUUUUUAGUCAUAACAAGAGCUAUUGCUUCCUUACACAUUGUUUACAUGUAUGAUAUUCAUCAUUUAAUAUAUUAGCAUUCUUCUGUAAAUCAAUAUCUUAAUUAUUCUUUCUUAUCUAUAUAGUGAUAUAUACAAAAAUGUAUUAAAAUUGCCCGUGUUUUAAGAUUUUGAUUUUGUUUUUCUAAAUGAAACAAGAGUUAUUAUUUACGACAUGUUAUUGCUACAUGAAUUGGAGAUAACGCAAAUUUAUUUAAUUAUGCAUUAUUCAAAGUUCGAGCAUUUAUAUAAUGAAUAUUGUUUUGACUCUACAAUUUAUAAAUAUUUGCAUAUUUAGUAAAAAGAUUAGAUUUUCGCCUUUAUGUCAUUUUGCUAUUUUUUUUGACCUUAUCAUUAGUAUUGACUGAUAUUGUUGUUGUUAAAAAAAUGUCGUAUAGUAGUAAAAAUUGUUGCAAUUGAAAAUGUUUAUGCUAAUUAUCUUUUGUGGAGGUGUAUGAUAUUAUUGGUUGUUAUUUAUUGCUAAUAUUCAGUCGGUGAAUUGUUGUUGUAUUUGUUUGGAUCUGUAUGUUGGCAACAACAACAACAAAUAACAACAAAAAAAAUCUGCGGAUUUACGAAUGAGAUGAAUUCUUUUAUGCAAGAAUCGCGCCAAUGUGCCCUUUUUCUUUCUUAAAUGUAUGCAGAUGCCAUUUGUUUAAAA